UUCCAAGAAGGGAACAUGGACCAGCCCAGCGGAAGGAGUUUCAUGCAAGUUCUUUGUGAGAAAUACAGCCCCGAGAACUUCCCAUAUCGUCGAGGUCCUGGAAUGGGGGUGCAUGUCCCAGCAACGCCACAGGGAUCACCUAUGAAAGAUCGCCUCAACCUUCCAAGUGUGUUGGUGUUGAACAGCUGUGGAAUAACCUGUGCAGGAGAGGAGAAUGAAAUUGCUGCCUUCUGUGCUCAUGUGUCUGAGCUGGAUCUCUCUGACAACAAACUUGACAGCUGGCAUGAGGUCAGUAAAAUUGUGUCAAAUGUUCCUCACUUGGAGUUUCUAAACCUGAGUUCCAACCCUCUGAAUUUGUCAGUUUUAGAGAGAACAUGUGCUGGAUCUUUCGCUGGUGUUCGCAAACUGGUGCUAAACAACAGCAAAGCUUCCUGGGAAACAGUCCAUACAAUACUGCAGGAAUUACCAGACUUGGAGGAGCUCUUCCUGUGCCUUAACGACUAUGAAACAGUGUCUUGUUCUCCAGUUUGCUGUCAGUCUCUCAAAUUACUCCACAUAACUGACAAUAAUCUUCAAGACUGGACUGAAAUUCGAAAGCUCGGAAUUAUGUUUCCAUCGCUGGACACGCUUGUCCUGGCCAACAAUCACCUGACAACCAUUGAAGAAUCAAAUGAUUCUUUGGCAAGGCUGUUCCCUAACCUGCGAUCCGUCAGCUUGCACAGAUCAGGUCUGCAUUGCUGGGAAGACAUUGACAAACUAAACUCUUUCCCCAAGCUCGAGGAAGUGAGAUUGCUAGGAAUCCCUCUUCUGCAGUCCUACACCACCGAAGAGCGGAGGAAGCUGUUAAUAGCCAGAUUGCCGUCUAUCAUCAAGCUUAAUGGGAGUGUCAUUACCGAUGGGGAGCGAGAGGACUCUGAGCGAUUCUUCAUUCGGUAUUACCUGGACUUCCCGCCAGAGGAAGUCCCAUUCAGGUAUCAUGAGCUAGUAACAAAAUACGGAAAGCUGGAACCCUUAGCAGUAGUGGAUCUUCGGCCCCGGAGCAGCGCGAAGGUUGAAGUUCACUUCAAUGAUAAGGUGGAGGAAAUAUCCAUCCGUCUAGAUCAGACGGUGGCAGAAUUAAAGAAACAAUUAAAAACUGUAGUGCAUUUGUCAACAAGCAACAUGUUGCUCUACUACUUUGACCAUGAAGCUCCCUUUGGUCCCGAGGAGAUGAAAUACAACUCACGGGCAUUACAUUCUUAUGGCAUUCAGGAUGGAGACAAAUUUUUUGUGGAGCCCAAAUCUAAAUAA